AUGGGCCUCCUGCGUUCCCUGGCGACUGCAGUGACGUCUCUGCUGCUACUCAGUAUCAAUGCAAGUCCGUCUACUGCUGCCAUACCUACUGGUGUGGACGAUCUAUACCGCGUUAACUUGCGCGUCGUCUAUCGCGCGUUUUGUCCUGCUUGCCAAUGGUUCAUUGGAAACCCGCUGCUGGAGCUCGUGCGGACCGAAGAAUACCGAGCUAUCAUCAAUAUGACCCUUAUCCCAGCUGCAGGAAUGAAAGAGAAACGUGAAGGAGAAGUAACGUGUGAGGCCGGACCGUCCGAGUGCUCGGGCCACCGCUGGCAAGUCUGUGUGCUUGACACGAACCGUGACGACAUCGUCAAGUAUGUCGGGACGAUUGCGUGCAUGGAAGGCGACGAGUCGGGUGAAGCAGAUGAUUGGCCGACAAAGACAGAAAACUGCGUGACGGACGAAGAACGCAUUCAUAUUGAAGAGUGCUUCAACGAUCGCAGCACCGCUCUAUUACUCAAGAUGAUUCGUGGGAAACGAUUAGGAAGCUCACCCUGGGCGCCAUAUACGGUAGUGAACCAAAACGUGCUUGGAUCGGCAACCGAAGGGGUUUCUUUGAAGAUGCUAAAGACGAGCAUUUGUUCAGCAUACACGGGACCCAACAGCUUUUAUCCAGCGGAUUGUGAAGAACUCGUUGGCGGGCAAAAAGUUUUUGCUUCUAAUGCUACAGUGGCGAACAAGAAAGACCAAGCCCCGGUAGCUGCUGAAAUACUGUCCCAAGGCAUAUUGACGCCUGCGAUGAAAGAGGAUAACGCAGUAGUCGAAACCCCUAUAGUUGUAGUUGGAGGUGAUAGUAUUGUUGUGGACAUGAUAGAGGGAGAAGGAGUACUCUCUGCUCCUGCACAUUUGUCCGCAACAGCCGACGCAGCAGGAAAGGUGGUGAUGGAGAUGUACUGGCGAGCUUUCUGCCCCGGUUGUAUGUCUUUCAUCACGAGACCGCUGCUGUCACUUGUUCGGGACAAAGAAUUUCAGAGGAUCAUCGACUUUCGCCCUGUGCCUGCUGCUGGAACAUCUUACGACGCAAAUGGAAAGUUUUCAUGUGCGUCUGGAGUCUUAGAGUGCCGGGGACACAAGUGGUUGAGCUGCGCCGUUGAGGAGUUCCAUCAAAUCGGAGAGUUGGUUGAACAUAUUGCUUGUAUGGAAAGUAAGGACAACAACGGCAUGACGUGGAACUCCAUCAUCGAUCGCUGCUUUAAAGACGAAGCGCGAACAAAGAUGCAAGCAUGCUACAAUCUCAAGAGUGAGGAGUUGUUACGAAAGAAUGUGGCGAAGAGGCAGUCACUGCGUGUUCCUUGGGUGCCAUACGUCCUUCUCAACGGGGUACCGUUAGGCAGCUCAACCCAAGGAAUCGGUCUGAAGCAGCUUACGGAUGCCGUAUGCAAGGCUUACGUGGGACCUGAGAACUUGCCGGCGGUAUGUCUGCCCAAACGGCUUCGUAAUGAAGCCGAAGCAAAGAUACCGGCUGAAGAUGACGCGGUCAAGCCGUGUGCUCCCAAACAGAAAGACAGCAGUGGUAUUGGCGAGCAACACGAGGAUGCACCGGGUAUUGGCAAGCCACUUCCAAGUGAACGGGAAGCCAAAACGUUCACGGAGUUUAAGGCCAAGGUUACUGGAGGCAGACGGACCGAAGACGGUACACCUUCGGUCACAAUGACGGCAAUCGUCUUGCCAGGCCUGUGCUUUGUCGGGCUUGUUGUCAUCGCGCGACGUUUAUCACGCAACCAUAAGAAGGACGCCUGA